AAACCAAAACCAAAACCAAAACCAAAACCCAAAAGUCACGCAAAAAAGGAGCAUAAGCCGAACAAGUUCACUGUUGUGGUUCCUCCAUUUUGCAUUUUGUGUGGCUCGGAAAGUGAAAGAUUACAAAGGAAGUUUGGUUGUUGGUGGGAUCUGGUAAAAGUUCCCUUUUGAUCGAUCUGUCUGAUGAGGGAAAGCAAAAAGGAUAUGGCGGGAUGAAGGAGGAAAAUAACCGGAGUGAGAGAUGGCUAGGGAAGGAAGGCACAAACGGGGCGGUUUUGCUUUGGGUUCGGCUUCGUGUCACUGGUCCUAUAAAAGGAUUACUCUGACUGUUUGCUUCGUUAACAUCGUUAUUGCUCUCUUUGUUCUUCGUUCCCUCUAUUCUUCUCUCUACAUUCUUUACAGCAAAGAUAAUGUUGUAAAGUAUACUCCGGAUCAGAUUAGGAAAAUGGAGGAAUCCGUUAAGAUUCGAAGAGUUAGUGAACCUAUCGAGCUUAUUAAAUGGUUAAGCGAAUAAAGCAUAAAGUUCGGAGUGAAGAAUUGGGGGCUGAAAUGCCACGGGCAGUUAAGCAUAAGAUAACUGAUGAGAUCCUACAGGAAUUGAGAAGUUUGAGACCAAAUGCUACUGCCAGCGAGCAGCAAGAAGUGGUUGAAAACUGGCGGAAGGAGAAACUAAAAGAAGCCAAAAAGUUGGCCCUUGGAGGGGAGGGGUUGAAUUCGACACUUGUGAUAGAGGAAGCAGGGAUGUUAUUAAAAGCCUUGGAUUCCAAUUGGGCUGCACUGUCAGAAGAAAUUGGCCUUUGGAUACCCACUGAAAUCAAUAAUCCAGAACAUGAUGAUAAGCCUGAGGGUGUGGAAGAUACAGAAUAUGAGGAACAAAUUUUAGCUGGGAAGCCCCUUCCACGAGAAUGUCAUGCUGAACUUCAUACGGAUUACGACGGUGUUGCUGUCAGAUGGGGUCUUACCCACCACAAAGAAAGUGCAGCUGACUGCUGCCAGGCUUGCUUAUAUCAGGCGAAAAAUGCAAAGCCUGGUGACAAGAGAUGCAACAUAUGGGUUUAUUGUCCAUCAGAGACCGGUUGCUAUUCCCCAGAUAAAUACCAACACAGACACAUGGAGUGCUGGCUGAAAUUCUCAGAGAAGCCCAGACUGAACUUUAAGGACAGAUAUUCUGAAGCAUAUCGUGACGCACACCCAAAGGUCCCUGUUAUGGUUCCUUGGGUAUCAGGUAUUAUUAGUGGUUGACUGGAUUUUGAUAAACAAGACACCGACAAUGGCCAGCCGAUUCGAGAUGCAGCGGACUCUAGUUCUACUGAAUUUUAUGAUACCCCGUUUAUAUCAGACAAAUAGACCUAUGCUAUUGACAAUAUAAUGUCUUUUUGGUUCUGGAAGAUGGGGUGGGGGGUUGACAUGGAAAUUGUUUUGUACCACGAAAUGUCUAUUUGGGUGGUUUGAUUUCAUCUGAGGCAGUAUUGAUAGAUUUUUAGGAGAUGGGAGAGACUCAUGUCUGAGGGUACACUUAAAAGAAAUGGAAAGCCUUAUUUGUUGUUCAAU